CCGCCCCGCCCCUCUCUCCCGGCUCCGGGGCCGUCGCCGCCGCCGCCAUGUCCAUCUUCACCCCCACCAACCAGAUCCGCCUCACCAACGUGGCCGUGGUGAGGGCUCGGCGCGGCGGGAAGCGCUUCGAGAUCGCCUGUUACCGCAACAAGGUCAUGGGAUGGCGCAGCGGAGCGGAGAAAGACCUGGACGAGGUCCUGCAGACACACACAGUGUUUGUCAACGUUUCCAAAGGGCAGGUGGCCAAAAAGGAAGAUCUUGUUCAAGCCUUUGGGACAGAUGACCAGACAGAAAUCUGUAAGAUGAUACUGUCCAAGGGGGAGCUGCAGGUGUCAGACAAAGAACGGCACACACAGCUGGAGCAGAUGUUUAGAGACAUCGCCACUAUAGUGGCUGACAAAUGUGUGAACCCUGAAACAAAGAGGCCCUACACAGUGAUCCUGAUAGAGAGAGCCAUGAAGGACAUUCACUACUCUGUCAAACCACACAAGAGCACAAAGCAGCAGGCACUGGAGGUGAUCAAGCGGCUGAAGGAGACCAUGCAGAUCGAGCGUGCUCACAUGAGGCUGCGAUUUAUCCUUCCAGUGAAGGAGGGCAAGAAACUGAAAGAGAAGCUCAAGCCACUCAUUAAAGUUAUUGAGAGUGAAGACUUCAAUGAGCAGUUGGAAAUUGUGUGCCUUAUUGAUCCUGGCUGCUUCAGAGAGAUUGAUGAGCUGGUCCGGAGUGAAACCAAAGGGAAAGGAACUCUGGAAGUGCUCAGUCUGAAAGACGUGGAGGAAGGAGAUGAAAAGCUGGAGUGAUGAAAACCUUUCCUGCAGCAACAACAUCCCUCAACCACUCUCUUAGGCCUUCAUGGUUUUUUUUUUCCCCAAUCUCUUGCUGCCAACUCUUUUCUGACACUAAUCCUUUGGGAUUUAUCCAUGCAGUGUGAGUUGGUUGGGUUUUUCUAACUCGUUUGAGACUUGCUUGGCUUACAAAUGGCUUUGCCUGUGGCAAUGUUUUAUGUCAGGGCUGUGUUAAUGAGGAUUGAGUUUAAAUCUGAUAGGGAAGUUACUUCAGCUUUGGUUUGCUUUAAAGAUUGCUGUUUUAAAGUGUUUGGUUGCUGCGUUGCCAAUUGGUUUUAUGUCAAGUCGUCAGCUUGGAGUGGAAGAUGGCACAGGUGGGGUGAGGGUUGGAUGUGAGGAGGGGAGCUUUAAAGAAAGAGAGCUGCCUUUGCACAUUUAAACAGGUGCCAAGUGUGGAUCCUGUCUAAAACCCAUCUCUUGGCAGCAUGAAAACUCACUGAGGUUUCCAUAAUUGGCUGCUUGAUAAUCAGAAUCAUUUCAAGGACCAUUCCUAAAGCUUUUUUUCUUCCCUGGAUGUAACAGGACUUGCUAACUUAGGGGAAAAAAAACAAAAGAUUCUCCAAAUAACUUAUUGAUAAAAUCUAUUUAGCUACAUCAAAUCCAACUGAAUGAUCUAUUUAUAUAUUCUAGAGACAGAAAGGAAGAAAUAAAGCCUUUAUAUUUGUUAAUCAUAUAGAAGCUGUCUCUGGCUUUCUGAGGGCUGAAGGGUGAGUGUGAGCUGUACUCCUUUGGUGAGCCAAGGAAUCUGGGAGCAGGCAGGGCUUGCCCCUGGCCAUGGAGAGAGGCUUUUGUUGGGCCACCGUUCCCCAGAGGUAACUGUGGCCCUGUAGAGGCCAAUCCUGGCAGUUGUCCUUUAUCCUCUUGUCUUUUUAUGCUGCUCUGCAACAUACACACCAUUUUCAGCCAGCUCCUGAGGCACAGGAUGGAGUUGUUGGUAAUCCUGUGAAGUCUUCUUUCAGCCAUGUUAAACAACUGCUUUGAAGUUCAGUUUGGCCUCUCUCCUUUCUUUGGGAUGCACAACAACUGGAGAAAGAGAUGCUAAAAUUACAAAGCACCAGGCAAAGUGUGUGUGUUUGGGUGACUAAAAGCUAAACCAGCAGGACCCCAAGGAGCCUUUAGUGUUCUGGACCUGCUGCCAUGCUGACAGUAUGCAGCAAGCCAAGAGCUGUAGGUAGCCAAGGGCUGGAUCUGUCCAGCCCUUGCUGAAUUCAUUGUUUGCUGAUGAUGCUCAGAGUGCAGGACUCUGUUCUAUGCCAUUUAAACAGCUCCUGUGCUUCUCAUGAGAUCUUUUCCUUCCUACCAUUAACAGCUUGUGGAUUUUCUAUGGUUGAAGCAGGGAGAGGUGAAGUCAACUGGAGAAGUAGUGGUUUGACUUCUUGAGUGCUCUGCAGGGCCAGAUCCCUGCUCAAAAGCUUCCUCAGCAGCCUCCUGACAUAAGCUUGAGUACAGUUGGGUUGCAUUUCUUUAGUAGCACUUUGGAAGCACUUGCCACUGUAGCACUUUGCUGAGGAUCAGUGAAAUGGAGCUUUUUGAACCAUUUUAUCCACUUUCAAGUGCUUUCUCUUCCCCUCAAGGUGAUCUCCAAUGCUGCCUGGGGAAGUUUAGUGACAUAGUUACUCUAUUGGUCAUGUGGAGACAGCCUCUGCAAGUGUCAGCUUGGUGAGAUUCCUCCUGUGUGCAAACCCUGAGCUGCUGGGUUUCCAGUUGGCCAUCUCCUUGUGUUUGUCCUUCCUGAAGCACUGAAGGUGAUCUUGCUGCUCUGUAGCUUGUCAUUGGCACUUAGCACUAAAGCAAUGUAUAAGUCUGUAAACCCUGAGUUAGAGUCUCAGAUGAUGCUGUGUGGGUAAAACCUGAUGACACCAUCCUAGAACUUCUUUCUUUUCUGUGUUCAAUCCCUGGAGCACAGCAGGAUGGCUGCAGGUUGAAGAUGCUGAGGUCCAGAAGCUUAAUCUAAGCUGAUAGAUGAGCUUGGUGCUCAGAAGGCAGUUUACUUAGCCCUUUUCUGCACACAAGGAUUUCCUUUGGGAAGAGGAGAUUGAUUUUAUUUAUCAACAGCUAAAUGUACAUGCCUGCAUUUCUUGUCAGACCUGUAGCUCAGCAAGAAUGUGUGGUGAGGACCUAAAUAAAUACCUGAACUGGUA